GAAACAUUCAAUGUUUAGACGAGUGUCAGGAUACGACUAUUAUCACAGUUCUGUUGUCAAACUAUUUCAUAAAUGCUGAAGAAAAUGUUUAUUUUCAUCUGUUUGUGCUUGUGUCAGGCUGGUGUGUUUGUUGCUGAUGCAGUGAAGUCAGAGUCAGUGACUGAGGGAGAAUCAGUCUCUCUGAACUCUAGUUUCACUCAAAUACAGACACAUGAAGACAUCGAGUGGAAGUUUGGGGACAUUCUCAUAGCUACAGUAAUGAACAACAAGAGCGUGUUUUAUGAUAUUGAUGAUGAGAGUUUCAGAGACAGACUGAAACUGGAUCAGACUGGAUCUCUGACCAUCAUCAACAGCAGAACCACAGACUCUGGACUUUAUACAGUCUCCAGCAGCAGCAGAGGCACGAUCAACACGAUCAAUCUCACUGUCUAUGCUCGUCUGCCUGUUCCUGUCAUCACCAGAGACUGUUCUUCAUCAUCAUCAUCAUGUUCAUUGGUGUGUUCAGCUGUGAAUGUGGGUCAUGUGACUCUCUCCUGGUUCAAAGGAAACAGUUCAUUGUCCAGCAUCAGUGUGUCUGAUCUCAGCAUCAGUCUCUCUCUACCUCUGUAUGUGGAAUAUCAGGAUAGAAACACCUACAGCUGUGUGCUGAACAAUCCCAUCAGAAACCAGACCAAACAUCUGGACAUCACUGAACUCUGUCACACAUGUGCUGCAGACUGUAUCUGCUGUUGUGGCUUUACUGAAUCUGUGAUCCGAUUGGCUCUCUCUGCUCUGGUGGGCGUGGCUACUGUGGCUGUUGUGGUUUAUGACAUCAGAUCCAGAAGUCUUCAACAGAAGAAGAGCGUCCAGAAAUAACCAUCAAACUCUGAUUAAUCAGAUCUCAGGAAGGUAGAGAUGUUCUUGAACAACUGUAGACGUGAUAUUACAAGAAAUAUCAUUUUAAAAAUCAUUAUCAUUUUAUUCAGCAUCUAAACUCUCAUUUUCACAUCAGUUGUGCUUGUUUGUCUUUUCACAAUAUAAAUCAUUUUAAAGCAGAUUUUCAAAGAAUUUGCCUUAAAAUAUACACUGUGACAAAUCAGAUAGCGAUAGAUUUUUCAUGUUUUAAAAAGUAGUUUCAUCUGCUCACCAAGGCUGCAUUUAUUUAAUUAAAAAUACAGUAAAAACAGGAAUAUUGUGAAAUAUUAUUAUAAUUUAAAAUAACUGUUUUCUAUUUCUAAAUGUUUCUUGAUCAUCAAAUCAUCAUAUUAGAAUGAUUUCUGAAGGAUCAUGUGACACUGAAGACUGGAGUAAUGAUGCUGAAUAUUCAGCUUUGAUCACAGGAAUAAAUUACAUUAUAAAAUAUUUUCAAAUAGAACACAGUUAUUUUAAAUUGUAAUAAUAUUUCACUAUAUAUCUGUUUUUAGUGUAUUAUUAAUUAAAUAAAUGCAGCCUUGGUGAGCAGAUGAAACUUAUUUUAAAAACAUUAAAAAUCUUACCGUGUCCAAACUUUUGACUGGUAGUUUAUUAGACUACCUGUCAUAAUAAAGAGAAAAUAAAUAUUUUAGGAAUCUUUUAAAAAGUAAAAAAUGUAUUAUCAUUUAUUAGGCAAUAAGUAGUCUUUAUUCACACAUAAUAACCAAUAAAUAAAUAAAUAAAAUAAAUAAAUAAAUAAAUGUAAUAUUUUGUAUGUCCUCCUCUUGAUAACAGCUUGCGUUCUUGCUGGCUUGUUUUCAUGUACUUUUACACAGUCUCUCUUGUUAUGGACUGUAAUUGGACAUCUGAAUAAUAAAAAAGUAAUACAAAUAUAAAGUGAUUUCCCGCUCAAUGAGAUAAUGAUCUUGAAAACCGUUAUCUAAAUAAAAGCAUUAAGAAGAUUAUUGCUUGUGUUUGCUGACAGAUUGUUGGGGUUAUGAUAUGUUUUUAAAUUCCCUGAUGUUUUAUUAGUUUAUUGGAGUAUGAGUGAAUAUAGUGAUAUGUCUGUCCAUAUUUCACUGUUAUAUUUAUGACAACAGAAACAUACCAUGAUAUUGAUCAAACAUUUAAAAAAAGAUGUGGGAAGUGUGUCAAGGGCGCAGGCUGAUGUUUUAAAGUGCUGUACUGUUUCUUCCAACAUUUUAUCAUUAAUUGCUUUGAAAUCAGACAUAGUAACUACUUUCUGAGGUUGUGAUCUGAUCUGUUUUACCCCAGUGCAGCUCAAGGAUGUGCUGAUCGCCUUUCUGAUAUUAUUGAUUUUCUCAGAGAAGAAGGAAACAAACUCACAGCAUUUGCUGUCUGAGAGCAUUUCACUGGGAAUCUGACUCGGGGGUUUGUUAGUCUCUCUACAGUAGCAAAAAUAGUGCGGGUGUUUAAGUUGCUGUUUAUAAUAUUUGAGAAGAAGGUCUGUCUAGCUUUGCCUAGUUCCACAUUGAAAGCAUGAAGGCUAUCUUUAUAGAUGUUAUAGUGGAUUUCAAGUUUUGUCUUGCGCCACAUGCGCUCAGCUUUUCUGCAUUGUCUUUUCAUAUUUCGCACUGCUGUUGAGUUUCUCCACGGUGCUUUUUGUCUUCCUGACUUUCACAGGAGUAAUGUUAUCAAUAACAUUACAUAUAUUUGUUAAAUUAUUUAGUCAGAAGAGAUUUUUUUUAAUUGUUAUUUUGGGUCAAGUGCACAUUUUAAAGAUUUCUUCUUGUGAAAUAAAACAAUAAAUCAUUUAAAAGUU